CCCUACCUACUUUAGGAGAUAUAAAGGACAUGCGAUGAUACCUUGGAAAUACUUCUUGUGAGGUAUUUAAUUCCUUCCUGCACAAUGGCUAGGUAUAACUGCUCACUCCCUCUGGAUGGUGUAAUUAAGUGUAAUGAGUGCAACCAAAGCAUAUCUCCACUGGGGAACUUCAGCGUCCAGCUGGAGGACAUGUGUCUGAGCCAGGAGGAGUACUUGGCCAAGUACCUGGGGCCCCGCCGCUCCCCUGUCUUUCUGCCCGUCUGCAUCACCUUCCUGUUCAUUUUCCUGGUGGGAGCGGUGGGCAAUGCGCUGACCUGCAUCGUCAUCUCCCGCAACCGGGUGAUGCGGACGCCCACCAACUACUACCUGUUCAGCCUGGCGGUGUCCGACCUGCUGGUGCUGAUCCUGGGCAUGCCCCUGGAGCUGUACGAAAUGUGGAGCAACUACCCCUUCCUCCUCGGCGAGGGCGGCUGCUACUUCAAGAUCUUCCUCUUCGAGACGGUCUGCUUCGCCUCCAUCCUCAACGUGACGGCGCUGAGCGCGGAGCGCUACAUCGCCGUGGUGCACCCGCUCAAGGCCAAGUACGUGGUGACGCGGACCCACGCCAAGAGGGUGAUCCUGAUGAUCUGGGCCGUCUCCAUGGUGUGCGCCAUCCCUAACACCAGCCUGCACGGGGUGCGCUCCCUGCCCCCGCGCUUCGGCCGCACCUUCCCCGAGUCGGCCAUCUGCACCCUGGUGAAGCCCCGCUGGAUAUACAACCUCCUCAUCCAGGUGACCACCCUGCUCUUCUUCCUGCUGCCCAUGCUGACCAUCAGCGUGCUCUACCUGCUCAUCGGCCUGCAGCUCAAGCGUGAAAAGAUGCUCCAGGCGCUGGAGGCCAAGUCGGGCUUGAGCCGCAGCAGCGGCAUCAGCGUCCACAGCCAGCAGCAGAAAGUGCGUCGCCGGCAAGUCACCAAAAUGCUGUGUGUACUGGUGGUGGUGUUCGGCAUCUGCUGGGCUCCCUUCCACACCGACCGCCUGGUGUGGAGCUUCAUCGACGACUGGACCGGCGACUUCCCGCGCAUCUUCGAGUACAUACACAUCAUCUCCGGGGUCUUCUUCUACCUCAGCUCCGCCGUCAACCCCAUCCUCUACAACCUCAUGUCCACCCGCUUCCGAGAGAUGUUCCGGGAGGUGACGUGUCAGCGCCCCCGCCGCAAGCGCUCCCUCAGCAGGACCCGGGUGACCAGGCUCACCCUGCGCAGCACGAUCUGCGACGUCCCCGCCAGCAACGGCACCCCCGUCUUGGAGGAGGAGAACCACAACAAGUACAUGGUUUGUCGCCAAGAGUGUGAGACUGCUGUGCCUUAG